CGAAAAAGAAACAACAACACAUUAGCAACAUAAAAAGCGAGCGUUAUUAUUAUCUUUAUUUUCAACCACUUCUUCUUCUUCUUCUUCUUUUUUGUCUCACUUAUUCAAGCUCACUCUAUUUUAACUUUUCUUUUUUACCACAUUCGAUCUCUCUUAAAAAUGAAAAUUACCGACAUGUUAAAUCCCAUCACGCUAACGGAGGCACCUCUAUCGUUCCAACAACUGUCGCCUCCACAAUCGCCUCAGCCAGAAAAGUAUUCGGGAACGCCCACCGCUAUUCAACAUUUGGGCAAGUCGCGUAGUCGGUUCUCGGACCUCGAAGAUGCCAUCAUAUGUGAAGGUGUUGCCAAAGGGCUGACUUGGGGACAGAUCUCGGGUCAGCUUCCGCACCGCAAACGAGCCACUUGCUUUAACCGGUAUAGAACUCUCCAAGGAAUCCGCAAAUCCCGCAAAUCCCAUUGCACCACCCGGUCGCCUUCCAGUAUACCUACUUCGCCGGAGGCAUGGUUAUCCUCUCCACCACCCCCUUCCGCACCUUUGUCACACCACAGCCAAAGUACCUACAGCUGCAGUAGCGCCGAAUCGUCCGACGAAGAAUAUUGGACUACUUCGAAACAGCGGUCGCUUCCACCACCGGAUCAGCUGUAUCCUCCCUUUGACGAAAUCCUCUACAACCGAUACCACUAAUCUUUCACUGUCUUGGUCCGAACCAAUUUUGCCAAUGGCAUACCGAAAUUUCUCUCGAUUCCCUUCAUGCAAAUACCCUUUUUUUCUUUCUGCCAAACAACCAUUUUGAGGCGCUCACUGUGGAUAUCAUGCUGUUGUAUGUUCCCGUGCCACAAAAGUGCCUCUUUUUUUUCCU